AUGAAGCUCUACCAGAGCGUCGCUGUGCUCUGGCUGCUGGUUGUCCACCAGGCAAGCGCCACACUCUGGGGCCUUGGACUGCUGGGUGCCGGUCUCUCUUUUUUCAACACUCCUAUGAAAACCGAAAACGUGUGUACCCCCGGUCAGCAAAAAGGUUAUGAUUGGGGUGAUGUCAAACUUGGUGGUUUUGACUUCUUUGACGACUUCAACUUUUCUGGUUUCACUUGCAAGAGCGUUUUUGAUUUGAAGAAAUGGGUUGGAAAAUUCCAGGAUAAAUGCAUUGAAGGUGUUCUUGACAAGACCCUCUCUCUGGCUCCUAAGAUCAUUGCCGCCAAAAAGAAGGGAUUUUCCAUCGAUACCAUGCAGAUCACCGUCGAGAAGGAUGUUGAUGUUGGCUUCGAGUACACGAUGCCGGGCGGACAAAUUUGCAAGGAAAUUCAUCCCUGCUCCCCUGGCGGUUCCAUCAUCAAGAAUACACAGUGCGGCGGUGCCACCUCUGUGUCAAUUUUCCUUCCUGUCUUUGCAAAGCUGGCAAAAUGCAAGAUUGCCAUCCACAAAAUCCUCUUCCAGUGCGGCCCACCACAAUUCACACGAACAGUUAUUACAAGCUUGCCGCCGCCAUCUACCACGAAAGUCAUCGUAACUCCACCAGGGUCAACUCCUCCCGUCUCUACACCCGGCUCUACACCACCUGGAUCGACUCCCGGUUCCACUCCUCCGGGAUCCGUUCCUGGCUCAACACCCCCAGGUUCUACCCCUGGCUCGACACCUCCCGGCUCUACUCCUGGCUCUACUCCUCCCGGGUCAACUCCCGGAUCGACUCCUCCCGUAUCGGUUCCCGGAUCGACUCCCCCAGUUUCUCCUCCUGGCUCGACUCCACCAGGUACGCCCACGACACCACCCAGCACCACCAUCAUCCUUCCAGGCCCAAGCUCUACUAUUUCGGUUCCUGGCAAGAAUACUAGCAUUAUUGUUCCUGGGACAAGCAUCACUUCUAUCAUUCCGGGCCCAAGCACGCCAAUCGUCGUUCCUACACCUAGCAUCUCCAUGUCAACUUCGACUGUCUUUACGACCUCGCUCGUUACAGUCACCAGCUGUGCUCCAUCUAUUCCAAACUGCCCGGCAGAGUCUAAAACACCAAUUGUUGUCACUUCUACGAUUGCCAUCUCCACUACUCUUUGCCCAGUCACAGUGACCCCAGGCGUUCCGACCCCAGGCCAGCCCGGUCAACCCGGACAGCCAACUCCCGGUGUUCCUGGACAACCUACUCCAGGUCAGCCCGGUCAACCUGGCCAGCCAACUCCCGGUGUUCCUGGACAACCUACUCCAGGUCAGCCCGGUCAACCUGGCCAGCCAACUCCAGGUGUUCCUGGACAACCUACUCCAGGCCAGCCCGGCCAGCCCGGUCAACCUACUCCAGGUCAGCCCGGUCAACCUGGCCAGCCGACUCCCGGUGUUCCUGGACAACCUACUCCAGGCCAGCCCGGACAGCCUACUCCAGGUCAGCCCGGCCAGCCCGGUCAGCCCGGUCAACCUGGACAACCUACUCCAGGCCAGCCCGGCCAGCCCGGUCAGCCCGGUCAACCUGGACAGCCUACUCCAGGUCAACCCGGACAACCUGGACAGAGCUCUCCAGGCCCCAAUCAACCCAGUGGCCCAGGCAGUCCCAUCCAAACCAAGCCACCCGUUGUUCCAGUUCCCACCUCUCAAUGCCCAGACCUUCUUCCCAGGUGCCUCAACACAUGGUUGGAUCUUCUCCCCAAGUGUUCAUCCAACAGCGACGCCAGUUGUUUCUGUCCAUCGAAGGAAUUCACAAACGAGGUCAUCAAGUGUAUCCAAGCCUGGGGUGCCUCUGACGAAGAAGUCAGAAACGCAAUGUCCUACUUCACAGGUAUCUGUGCGGCACACAUUCCUCAGAAUCCCGGCAUCAUUACCGCGGUUCCCACCCGCAUUCCAAUCGGUCCACCACAAGUACCAGCCACCCCAGUUGCUCCAGCUCCUGGUGCUCCAACCGGAGGUGCUCCCGCUCCAGGCGCUCCUGGUGCUCCAGCCCCUGCCCCCGGUGCCCCCGGUUCUCCCGGUGCUCCAGGUGCUCCAGCCCCUGCCCCCGGUUCUCCCGGUUCUCCCGGUGCUCCAGGUGCGCCAGGUGCUCCCGGUGCUCCUGUCCCUGCUAUUCCAUAUACCACUGUCACCUUCUCGCAAGUGAUGACUAUGCCCAACGCCCAGGUCAGCACCAUGCUCACCCAGCUCACCGUUCCGCAAGUCAACUUCGCCACUGAGGGCUCAGGGGCCAAUCCUACCGUCAACCUCAUGCCUGGUCCGGCUGAGGCUAUUGCUACUCCACCAAGUCAGGGUGUUGCUCCUGGGUCGACUCUUGUCACCUUCCCAGCCACUGGACCCGGUGCUCCAAGACCUACUGGUAUUCCAGAAUUCACUGGCGCCGCUGCAUCCUUCUCUGUAUCUGGAAGAUGUUUGCUCACUGCUCUGGCCGCCGCUGCUGGUGUCCUCGUCUUUCAAUUGUAA